AUGUCGAACACGUUGGACCUCACGUACUUAGAAAAACUGGGCAUGAGCAACACGGGAAUCACUUUGGCGAAGUUUCAGAAGUUUUGCCAACAGUUUCAGUCUUCGAUCAAUCGGGAAACUUAUACGGCGAGGAAAGGGGAAGAGAAUCCAUGGGACAAAAUUCCUGGCGCCGAUGACAGGUCAUUCUACUUUACAUCGUUCAAAAGAAGAAACGAUGACCACCUGGUAGGUAUUCUGCAGGCAAGUGAAGAACACCCUGGAGCGGGUAGGGAUGUCCAAGUAUGUCAAGUUCAAGCACUCACGAAUAAUGGUAGGCAAAACCUGGAAAAGACACUGAGAGGUGGCCAGCACUGCCAGAAGAAAGAGCGAGAGCGAUCAGCUGCCGCACAAGCACUUACGAUUUCACUGUUCUCGCCUCGUCUGAGGAGAGCUCAAACAACAGACGGACGGAUGGCUGCCUACUGCGGGAACGACACAGUAAACCUCAGUGUCUAUGAGUUACGCGAGGAACAGUUGGAAGUGUUGAAGGAGAUCACGGCUGUGAUCACUGGUCUCGGACUGUUCACCAUCGUCACAAGCAGCGUCGCCGUGUUGGUGAUCGUAAAGUCACCGGAACUGCACACGCAAAGCUUUUUCCUGAUCGGUUUCUGUUCGAUGAACGAUUUUGUAUCCGGACUGGCCUACUUCACGUUCGGCCUGCACCGUCUUCUUCAGCCGUACGAGGUGGAGGGCCUGCUUCAGUCUCAAUGCUGCCGGCGAGCGUCAGUCAUGUUUUACAGUCAAACGUUUACCGUAUUCCUGGCGAUCUUGCUGGCAGUCGACCGGGCGGUGGCCAUUUUCCGACCCGUCUUCUAUCGGUCGGUGAGAUUCUCCAAAUUUUACUUGCCAAUGGUCAUCGUCUUCUGGCUGGUGUCCGUCAUCGAGACGGUUCUGAUGAUCAUCGUCAGCCUGAAUGAUAAUCGUCUGGUGAAGUUCUGCGAAAGCAACGAGUGUUGGGGCAGCACCACCGCCGUGUUCGUGUAUCAGGGGACAACCGUCUUCCUGGUGGUCAUCGUCGUGCUGUUCAGUAUCGCGAUCAUCGGCCUGACACACGCUCGUAACGCUGUAUUCAGAGAGUCUCAUCAUCUGCCUCAACGGGCGAAACGAGUCAAGAUGCAUUUAACUGUCAUAAGGACCGAGGCAGUCAUCCUUAUCAUUAUUACCCUUUCUCAGAUAUGCGGAAGAGUGUGUGUGUUGGUCGCAUACAGCGUCUCUGACCGCUUUCUUAAAACCAUUUUCAUCAGCGCGUUCCGCAUACUCAUCGCGACAACAGCAGCAUCGAACUUUUUCACCUACGUCGUCAGAUCUUCAAAAUUUAGGGCUUCGUUUUGGAAAAUGUUGCUGCGUCGAAACGCUACGAACAAUCAGUGUUGCUAA